UCUUCACGAGUCGGUUAAGGUCUAAUGAGUUAAGUGUUUUACAUCAAGACUUUUGCCACAAUUGAAUUUUUUCUCUACUUUUUAAGUUAUGUCACAGUCUCGCUGUGUCUCCCAGUGUUUUUCCUUUUCCUUUUCCUUCCCCGUGUAUGUGUGUGUGUGGUUGUGUGCUUCCCCUGACAUCAGGUGACUCAGCGGAGGCGUGGUCUGGACAGAAGGUUACCACCACAUCGGCAAUCUAUCACUCAUCACCUGCAGUAUAUCUACCCUGGUCAUCCAUCCAUUCAACGUCAGAUUUUCCAUGCUUCGCAGUGAAGAAUUCCUGAUUCGUGGGCUGCUGUUCCUGCCACCUUCCGCUGUCACCACACCACCCAUCUGCUUUUGGUCUCCAGCUGUCCCUCGGGUUUUCAAGAGUGUGUUACUCCCCUGCGUCUGGCUUCCAGUGUUCCCCAGACUCCUGUCUGUUCUCACUCGCCACCAGGAUUCCUGGGACCCACUCCACCUCCACAUUCACCAUCACCAUUGCCUUCGCCCCAAUAAACUCCCUUGAAUGGUAUUGCUGGUGUGUUUCGUGUUCUGUCUCUGAUCUGGGGUCCCACAUCAGUUUUGACAAGGAGGUGACACCCAGCAGUGAGAAUCAGGGUGGUCUGUCAGCAUCACAGAAGACAGAGACCUGCAACAGCAGCUGGCCCUCCCUGCACUUCCCCGUUUAAAGUCCGUCAGUCAGCGUCUCUCCGCCGAGCAGAGGUGACAGCGGUGAGCCUCCCGCUGCGCGCCCGGUGUUCUGUCUGCUCUCGGGGCUCCCCAGCCGUGGCAUGUCCCGCAAUGUUCGACCUCAGCGGCGGCUGGAGUCUGUCUUUCGCCGGGUGCGGGUUCCUGGGGAUUUACCACAUCGGAGUUGCCAGCUGUCUGCUGGAGAAAGCGCCUUACCUCGUCAGAGGGGCCACCCAGCUGUACGGCGCCUCUGCCGGUGCUCUGACCGCCUCGGUGCUCGCCAGCCGGGCAUCUAUAACUAAAUGCUGUGAAGAUGUGAUCGAGGUGGCGAAGGAGGCCAGGAAGAGGAACCUGGGCCCCCUUCACCCCAACUUCAACCUGGUGAAGGUGAUAAAGUCAGGCCUGAAUCGUGAUCUGCCCUCUGACGCACAUGUCCUAGCCUCAGGGCGGCUGUGUGUCUCACUCACCAGAGUGUCUGACGGGGAGAACGUGCUGGUGUCGGAGUUCAGCUCCAAAGAGGAGCUGAUUCAGGCGCUGAUCUGUAGCUGUUUCAUCCCCAUCUACUGUGGGCUGAUUCCUCCAUCCUUCAGAGGAGUGCGUUAUGUGGAUGGAGGGAUCAGCAACAACCUGCCACAGUCAGAUCUGAAGAACACCAUCACCAUCUCUCCGUUCUCUGGAGAGAGUGACAUCUGUCCCCGCGACAACUCCACAAGCUUCCAUGAGCUGCGCUUCACCAACACCAGCAUUCAGAUGAACAUGGGUAACAUGUACCGCCUCAGCCGGGCCCUGUUUCCACCUGAACCCAAGGUGCUGGCUGAGAUGUGUCAGAGCGGGUAUAAGGAUGCUCUACGCUUCCUUGAAGAGAACAACCUGCUGAUGCUGGAGAGUCCAACCCCUGGCCCCACCCUCCCUGAGAGCACCCUCAACUGCUGCUGUAAGCAUACUGAAACAACCAAGGAGUGGGUGCUCCGGAGGCUCCAUCUACUGCAUAAACAGCACUGGUGGCUGGAUGAGCAGAUCGCUCUGCCUACGCCAAUCAAGAAAGUGUUCUGUGAAGCCUGCCAGGACAAAUCGGGGCUGUAUGCCAAGGUGUCUGAGAUGCUGCCAGUGAGAGUGGCUUCCUACAUGCUUAUGCCAUAUACACUUCCUGUACAGUCAGCCUACUCAGUGGCCCAGAGGUUCGUGGAGUGGAUCCCAGAGGUGCCAGCUGAUGUGCGCUGGCUGUUUGGGGUGGCUGGUGACGUAUACCGACAGGCCUGGAAAGAACAACCAGCCAACAGUGAUCUGUGCCUGAGGAAAUGUCUGAGUGCGCCGCCUCCACCCACUCACUAUGACAAACCCAUGCAGAGAGACAACCUACCUGCUCUUUCCUCCCUCGACCUCCAUGGCAACUACUGGGAGAUCCACAAGUCUACGUCCUUGUGCUCCUCGUCCCACCACCACCACAGUCCUCGCUCCGCCCCCUCCUCACCACAACAUGUCUGCUUCUUUGUGGGCUCACAGGAUGAAACUCACAGCCAUGCACAGCAGUGAAGGGUUCAGGACUUCCUCUCUGUGAGGAGCUGGUGGAAAGUCUGAACCAAUCAGCAACAGUGUGUAAAUGUUUUAAGGGGACAUUGACUCUGAACACUCCAGGCAAAUCGAAGUGUUUGAAGCUGUGGAGCAGAGCACUGCAGCCCACUCAGCAGAGACGUGCCCAGUUUUACAGUCUAUUUGUUUAAAGGGAUAAUUAUGGUAAUUUGACGUGGGGUUGUAUGAAGUAGUCAUGCAUAGCCUGUGUGUUACCUGGAGUAGAACGGAUCAGCGCUGUGCCAGUUAGGAGAGGCAGCAGGAAACACCGGUAUACUAGCAGAGUGAUGUGCCACUGUGAACAGGGCCAGCAGAAAAAACAUGUUUUAGACACUUUUAAAAAUGGCCACUGACACAAUCCAAUAUCAAUUUAAAUGUACACUUCAUGUAGAAUAUCUUCAGUGGUUUAUCUUCCUGUGAAAACAGCACUUUCCUUUGGCACUACAUUUUUACAACCGCUGUAUAAGAUAAACUGCUGAAAAUGUUCUACAUGAAGCGUGCAGUUAAACAGAUAUUGGAUUGUUUCAGUGGGCGAUUUUAAAAACACUUUUUUCUGCUGGCUCCGUGCACAGCAGCACAUCACUCUGCUAGUGUACCGUGUUCCCUGCUGCCGAUCCUAAGUGGCACAGUGCUGAUCUGAAUCUACUGCAGGUAAUUCACUGUCUAUACAUGAGUAGCACAUAAAACACCACGUCAAAUAACCCACACUAUCCUCUUUAAAAGUAGCACUCAGGGCUCCAGUGCAGUUAAAUGAAUCAAGAUAUCUUUGUAUCUCCCUCUAUCUGUUUUUGUGCUUUUUAUCAUGUCAGUUAAUUUUUUCAAUUGUGUGAUAUCUCCAACCAUAUCUCCAACACAACAUGGUGGCUGCAUUUCUGAACAUCAUUAAUCUCACCACAGAUGGUUCAUCUGUGUGCAAGUCAUUUUAACACCAUUUUUAUUUUCAGACAGUAUUCACCUGUUAGAUUGCUUGACACACUCAGGCUCAGGUCAGCUGGUCAACUAACACUGUCCUCUGAUUUGUGCACAAAUCAGAAGAAGGUACAUUAAUGUCCCUGUCUCAUAUCAGAGUGGUAAAGUCCAAUCUCUUGGUUUAGCUUUGAACGAUUAUUGCCAUCAUUACAGGUACACACACAGUCACUAAGAUAACCUGUCUGGUAGCUCGUAUUGACCAGAUCUCAGAUUCAAGCGACAAAGCAAUAUUUUUUUUGCAUACAAUGUAUUUUAUGAUAAGACACAGACUCUAGUAUUGGAGCUAAACAUUUGUAUUUAGUGUUAAAAGUGUUAACAGCAAAAAUCAAUUGUUUGUCACCUGUUUCUUCUCUGCUGUACAUGUGCUCCUUUAUUUAGACCCAGAACUGCCAAAACCACUGGAGGGUGCCAUUGUCUUAUGAACAGGGGUUCUUGGGGGAAGAAACCAAGUAUGAUAGAGUUAGAGGGGUGCUGAUUGUUUCACAAUAAACAAUGCUAUUUUAAUGAACUUUUUAAAUGAGCACCUAAAAUGUCUGCAAGUGUGUUUUGUAAUUCAGAUGUAAAUGUGUGGAUAUGUGGACCAGGUGCUAAUCUCCUGUUGGAAAAUUGAUUAUCUAAUUCUAAUGAUUGUCCAGCUGAGAUACAGGAGGAGGCUGGAGGUCCGGGGAGUUCAGCUGUGAUUGUACAAGAGUAAAAACUGCAAGGGCCCAGAGUUAAAGGGGCAUUUCGUAGUUUUUAGUUCUUUCUUCUAUUUGUUUUUUCAAGUAUUAUUUUCCUUCAUUAUUUUGUGUGUGUGUGUCUGUGUGUGUGUGUGUGUGUUGGGAGUGGGGGGUAGGUAUACACUGUAAAUCAUGCUGCACAGGAAUUUUGUUUACCACUGUACAUAAUAAAUAUACCUGAACUACA